UGAUUCUCUGCCGUCAUGUGGGCGAAGGAAGCUAAACCGAUGAAGAGGAGCUAGUUGGCAUUACUUGAUUAAAUCUUGAUUUUAUCAAUUGAAUAUCGCCGUUUAUUACUUUGUAAAAUAUCUCGGUAAUUAGAAAACAUUUUGUUAUCUAAGCCACGUGUACAGCUCGGACGAACUGUUGCUGUCAAGCAGGAAUCAUCUAAAAUAAGUGAAGACAACCAGUGUGUGUAAGAGACUUCAAGAGAGAAACAAUGAUGGUGUUUGAUCUACCAACACACUAAGUUCCCCGGGAGAAGACAUCUGAUGAAAAAUUACUGCAACAUUACAGAUUCAGGCAUGGAAGACAAGGCAAAUGGUUCUGUCGACACCAAAAGCCCAGUAGAGAAUGGUCAGAUGCCGGACCCUGCCAACUGGGGGGUCACCGAUGUCGUCAAUUACUUCAAAGCAACAGGGUUUGAGGAGCAGGCCACGGCUUUUCAGGAUCAGGAAAUCGAUGGCAAGUCCCUGCUCCUGAUGACACGUAACGACGUCCUGACAGGGCUGUCGAUAAAGCUCGGCCCUGCGCUGAAAAUCUACGAGUAUCAUGUGAAACCGCUGCAGACUCAACACCUGAAGAGCAACGCCUCGUAGCACCACAGGCCGUCCGAACACCCACCUCAGUGACAAUCAUUGUGUCAGGAGACCCCAGGUUAGCUGCCACUUCACAAAGACUCCUCUGGCCACACUGGCACCUUAACCGGAUUUGAAUGCUGUAUGUUUUUAUAAGCAUGGACCCCUAAAUGGGUUGCACAUGGAGUCCACUCAGCUGUUUACCCUUUCAGCCAUUCUUAUUUCUGCUGCUUGAGAUAUGUAUUUUAUUUUAUUUUUUGUGUGUUUUAUUUAAAAGGAUGAAAAUUUUGGGGGGGGGGGUACUCUGCAGGUAUGAUUUUGUGUGUCUGUGCGCGCGUGUGUGUGUGAACAUGUGUUUAUGCGUGUUUGCAAAGUGAAUUAACCCAUGUUGGUUUAAAAAAAAAAGUAUUUGUAUAUAAGAUGAUAUAUAGCUGAAAACUGUGUGUUCUGUCGUACCUGAACACUUUGAUACGUGCGGAAAAUUAUUCCGAUGCAUCUCAUUUUCCCCUGAAAUCAUUUUUUAUGCCCUAAAAUGCGCAGCUGAGUCCAUGAGUCGUCCCUAGCAUGUAACAAUGAAGCAUUUUGUUUUCCCAGCCAACUGAUAAGCCUCUUUGUUUCUGCACACCUACAUUAUUGAGGCUCUAAAUAUGAAAAUAUUAAUGUGUAUAUAUUCUUAUUAUGUUCCUACCUGUGGUGCUUUCAGCAUUGUCGCACAGACAACUGUUUUGAAGUGUGUAUGACCAAUGUAUAUGUGCAACAUAACACUGGAGUUUGAAUAUCUGAAUCAAAGAUUUUCAAUAAAUGGUGCUCUUUUCUCACCAAAGAACAA